UCAGGACCAUGGCAAGCCUCCAGUCCAUGCUGUUGCCAGUGGGGCUGUUUCUCUACCUGAGACUGCAGUUCUCUUUAGCCAUCUAUCCACCUGUGGACAUCUGCAAGGUCGUGGAUAACAUCUUAAUCCCGGAUGGCCCAGCCCUCACAGCCAACGCAGACCACUAUGAACCCAACUUACACUACACGAUACGGGUCCCUGCGAAGGGCCACACCAGCUCUGUGGUCAUGCGAUCGCUGGACCAGGACGGCACCCCCGUGGGCACGUGGGUAGAGGACAACAGGCAAUGUGAGAACCACACCGCUCUGUAUCACCAGCAAGUCCCAGACGUCAUCACAACAGGCUGGAUAGCUCCUAAUUUGACGAAUAUAACUGAAGUCAACCUACAAGCCUACGUUUUCCAUUACUACCACCCGGUCUCACUGUCUACUCUGAAACUACACAGCAAAGGAACCACCACAGUCUUGACCUCCAAGUAUUCCACAACCCUGACCUCCAACAGUUCUAUAACCCCAACCACCAAAAAUUUUACAACCUCAGCCACAGGGAAUUCUACAACUUCAACCACAGAGAUUUCUACAACCUCGACCACCAAGAGUCCUACGACCUCAACCGUCAAGAAUCCUACAACCUCGACAGCCAAGAGUCCUAUGACCUCGAACUUCAAGAUGUCUACAACCUCGACCUCCACGACUUCCACAACCAAUAACUCAUACAGCUUUGCCAACAGAGUUUUCAACAGUUCCAUCACAGAAGCCAUUUCUAUCCUGUUUGUUUUUCUCACCAGCAAAUUUCUCUUCUAAAAGGAAACUAAAGAAACAAUUGUUCCCUCCUCCAGGGCACCCUCCUACAUUUAGUUCCAAGCUAGUGCUUGGACAUGGGUAUGAAUGAUGGUUCUAUGUUCCCAAAUGUGCAACUCAACUGCCACUGCUUCCAACCAGAACAGAGCCCAGGGCACACACUUGUAGACCUGGUCACACAGCUGUUCAACUACAUCUUUCAGGACACAAAUUAUGAUUUCUAAAUAACAUUAUUUAGACCUGGCCUGAGUGCAGCAAUCUAGAGUUCUGCCUAUCAGUUGUUAAAGGCCAAAUGGUGCAUGUUAAUGUUGACGGUCAAUUCCACAGCCAAACAAAAUGUUUAUUGCCAAAGGAUUCCUGUGUCCCCUUGAGUUUCUGAAGGAAGAAGCCUUCCUUGCUUUCAAGAUGAUCUCAGAUUUUCUGACCCAUUCAGAAUGUAAACCCGUUCAUGUUAUACAGAAUUUCUGUGACUCAAGAAGGAAAGGAGAAAGGAGCUCUAGCCCUGAGGCUACUGGCAGUUUCCCAUUUUAUCCAUACCAGUAGGUUUUGAAGGGCAAGAGAAUAGGAAUGUAACAUGUUUGAGCAGCCAAUGGUAGGAACAACUAUGGUAUAAAGGCUUUUUCUCUAUGUUGUACCAAAUAAAUUAUA